GUUUGUUCAUUUUAACAUUAUAUUACGAGAAAUUUCAUUAUGCACAUUGAAGAAUGUGCAUCCUUUUAAAUGCAGUUCAAUUUAGAGCCAUUGUCGAGUUCCUUCGGUGCUGCCAUCUCGCGUGAGAUGACUGGCACUAAUUGAUGAUAAUAAAAUCAAUACUUACCGAUCGUACCAACCGACUGCAGUUACCGACAGAGUGCGCAAUUAGCAGAAACGAAAUAAACCAUUGCAUAUGCGCUCGCACAUGCACUCGUUGCAAUGGAGUACGAGUAAGGUUAUGUUAGAAGGUUGAUAUUUUUCUAAGGUGAUAUUAAAAUUGCUUUGUAGGUGUAUCUACGAUUUAAAAAUUAUAUUUAAGUUAUUGAGUGUUAUAUAUUAUUGAAUGCAUAGCAAACAUGACGGCGAGGUAUGCCAAUUUAUGUUCAAGUAUUACAUUAGAACACUUUGGACCUAUUGUACAGAGUGUAGUAGAUGAACUUUUUACACGUGGACCUAGAACGUUAAAACUCCUUCAACAGAAUAUUCGUCUUCCACUCAUUAAGCUGAAGGAAUCUUUAUGCUCUCUUAUCAAAUAUGGAUUAGUAAGUUAUCAUCGAGAUGAGAGAUCUAUAAUAUAUAGUUUACAGCAAGAAAAAUUUAUUUUUAUACUUCGAUAUCCAAGAUACAUGUUUUUCGUUAAAAAUGUAUGCGGAGAUGAAUCUGAGAUAAUGAUGGAGGAAGUGCUGAAAAAAGGAUAUUUAACUGCAUCGCAAAUUAUAAUAAAUGCGUACAAAAAGAUUCAACAAUCUUCUGAUGCUGGCAGUAAUAUACAACCAUCUGUGUCAUCUUUGAAAAAUAAUUUUGAUCUAAUAGUAAAAAACCAAUUCUUUAUGCGCGAUUUGUGUACAAAUCUAAAAAGUGACUGCGAAGAGAAGCCUGCGUUUACUUUGCCGCAACUUAAUUUAAGUGCAAUAGAAAAUAUAAUUAAAGGCGUGAAAGAUGAUCCUGGAGACAGUAAAGUAUAUUGGAAAGUUAAUUUUGAUAGACUUACUCAGGAUUUUAGAGACCAAGUUAUCGUAUCAGCCAUACGUACAAGAUUCGAUGAUAAUGCCGGAGAGUUAAUGAGACAGUUACUUUUCCUUAUGUACCUGAGGACAGCAUCUUGGGCAGAUACAUCUAAUCCUAUACCGUAUACGGAGAUAAAAGAUGCAGUAAGAAAAUUAGAAUAUCCAAGACUUUUACAAUAUCUGGAUCAAUAUUUGACUCUUCUAGCAGAAGAUAAGUGUCAAUUUAUAAGACGCGUAGGAGAUUCAGGUGGUGGACAAUACAGUAUAAGUAUGAAGCAGGCUUUUUAUCAAUUGGCGUGGUCAACGUUAGAAAACGUUGUGUUGGAACGUUUCGGAUCUGACGCAGUCAGGAUAUUUCGGUUAAUACCUACUAAAAAAUAUAUUGAACAAGCACAGAUUUUACAAUUAGCUAUGAUGUCUGAGAAAAAGGCCAAAUGUUUGAUGUUCCUGUUGGUGUCAAAUAAUUUUAUACAAUUGCAAGAAUUGAAAAAGGCUUCUAGUUCCGCUGCGUUGGCUAAAGUAUUUUUAUUAUAUCACGUCGAUUUAGAUCGAAUUACCCGACAAGUAAUGCGAGAUUGUCAUCACGCCUUGUAUAACGUCAGGCAAAGGAGAGAACACGAAAUGAUCGUCAAUAAGCGGUUGAUAGACAAAAAAUUACGUGUGCAAACGCUUAGCAGUAAUUUGAAAGAAGCAGGAGCAACUGAAGAACAAUUGGCAGAGAUCGAAGAACUGAUGACGCCCUCGGAAAAACAGCAGUUGGAAAAAGUGCAAAAUGUAAUUAAAAAAUUAAGUGCUACGGAGUUGCAUAUAGACGAGACUUUAUUUGUGUUAACAAUGUAUAAACGUUAUCACGAAAAUCCUCCUAAAAAAAUAGUAAACCUAUGAUAAAUAUAUCGCGAUUAGCGUAACAAUUAAAAACUUCAUUUUAGAUGAUAUAGAAACAAAUGCAUAGAGAUAUGUAUACUUUUAUAUUUAAUUACAUACGCGUAUGUAUAUCGAUAUAUCGCAAAAAAAUAUUCGAUCCAAGAUCAUAUUAAUGUUCAUGUAUUCAUGUUUAUAUAUUCAGUCAAAAUGACGAUACGGAAGUACCUCGCGUCGGGUUGAUACAUGGGUGUACCUAAUGUUAGUUUUACUUGGAGGUCGAUUAAAGUUCUUCGAGCGAUCGUAUCCACUAUGAGCGCGAUCGGUUUGAUCGUGGUGUUCGCUGGCAUAAUGUGGGCAAUAAAACUUAGACGAGACA